CGCUUCUUUCCGUGGGCGAUUUAGCACUCCCAAACCGCGCAAGAGGCCUUUUACGCCCUCCACUCCCUCUCCAAUAAGAAGGAGGAGCAGGAGCAAAAGCGGAUCCGUAGCGCCGAGGACAACUUCGGUUUUGAGAGCGAGCUCGCUCAACCCUUCCGUGCUUGCCUCUCUGGGCGAGCACCGUCUUCGAUCUCCGUCGAUGUUCAGCAUCGCCAGGACUCGUACGCCGAGCAUAUCUCCUCGGUCCGUCCGAGGCUCAAUGGCUCCACCCAGCACGCCUCACAGACGAGAAGCACGCAAUAGCAACGUCAAUGUCGACGCUGCCGGUGCCGGUGCACCGCAUUCUCCAUUGGCUCGUCUUCUGGGAGCAGAUCGAUCCAUCGAUCUCGAAGCUCUCGAGGCUUCCCCUUCGCGCGCAGCAGCGCUUCGUCGAGCCUCUGCGGCGCCCAGCAGCAGCACCAAUCGCCAGACAGCGCCGCCAUCUGAAUUAGCAUCGGCUCAUCUGCCAACCCGCGCUUCUGCUUCCAUCGCCAACGCAGAUGGCAUCGGCAUGCGGGAUGAAGGCUACGAUUCAUCAUCCGACGGCGACGGAUUCCAAAUCACCUCGUGCCGCACCGCUUCGCCAGCGCAAUCUCAAUCAGGCCUCACUGCCCUCUCAGCCUCACCUCCGCCCGACUUCAGAACGCAGCGAUCUUGUCGACAAGAUUGCGUCGUUAGGAUCUCGAUGGAAGGUCCGGGAGGUGUGAGCCUGGACUGCCAGAUUCCCAUUUCUCAGGAGCUAGCUGCCAGAUCGGCGGUGCUGCGCGCGGAAUUUGCGAGAAUUCCUAGACAGCUACAAAAACGCGUCGAUGAGUUGCACAAGCGAUACGCCUGGUGAAUGAGUCGCUUCGCGCGGAAAAUACUCGUCUAAAAAGGAUUGCUUCGAGCGCCUGAAAAGGGGAUUGAAGUCCGCGAAAGACGAACUCUUCAAAAGACCCGCUUCCUCCUUCUCGCUUCAGAACGUUCUUUCUCGAAGGGUUGGCACAUGACGAUCCGCCGGCCCAGCAUCUCGGCCCUCAUUCUCCGCUCUUGAUGUUCUCCACACUAAGAUU